AUGGGGCGGCCGGCGGCGGGCGCGCUGCUGCUGGCGCUGCUGCUGCACGGGCGGCUGCUCGGGGUGAUCCAUGGACUGAGGGCGUAUGAUGGCGUGUCCCUGCCUGAGGACGCCGAGACGGUCACAGCGGGCCGGGCUGGCUGGAGUAACUCAGACCUUUCUGACGACGAGGACUUACUGGCUGACGAAGCCUCCGGAGAUGGCCUGGGCAGUGGAGACGUGGGCAGCGGGGACUUCCAGAUGGUUUACUUCCGAGCCCUGGUGAAUUUCACCCGCUCCAUCCACUACAGCCCUCAGCUGGAGGACGCCAGCUCCCAGGCUUUCCGAGAAGUAUCCGAGGCCGUGGUAGACGCGCUGGAGUCAGAGUACUUGAAGAUUCCUGGAGACCAGAUUGUCAGUGUGGUGUUCAUCAAGGAGCUGGAUGGCUGGGUCUUUGUGGAGUUGGACGUGGGCUCCGAGGGGAAUGCAGACGGCGCUCAGAUCCAGGAGGUGCUGCGCUCGGUCAUCUCCAGGGGCUCCAUUGCCUCCUACGCCACCUCUCCCCAGGGGUUCCAGUUCCGACACCUGGGCACAGCACAGACACCCCCGCCCCAAUUGGCCCCUGGGGCGGCCUCAGUGACACCAGUGCCCCAGAUCUCCAGAGUGUGCACCGAGGCUGAGUUUGCCUGCCACAGCUACAACGAGUGUGUGGCCCUGGAGUAUCGCUGUGACCGGAGGCCUGACUGCAGGGACAUGUCUGAUGAACUCAAUUGUGAAGAGCCAGUUCUAGAGUUUGGCCCCACGCCACCCCAUCCGGUGGAGGCUGCACCUAUCACACCAUGGUCAAACAUCUCAGCGUUAGUUCCAGAAACCCUGACUCCCCAUCUUGUCAGGCCCUGUGGGCCCCAUGAGACCUCCUGUCGCAGUGGGCAUUGCAUCCCCAAAGACUAUGUCUGUGACGGGCAAGAGGACUGCAAGGAUGGCAGUGAUGAGCUGGACUGUGGCCCCACGCAGCCCUGCGAGCCCAACGAGUUCCCCUGUGGAAGCGGGCACUGUGUCCUCAAGCUGUGGCGCUGCGAUGGCGACUCUGACUGUGACGACCACACCGAUGAGGCCGACUGCCCUGCCAAGCACCCCGAGGAUGUGUGUGCGCCCACCCAGUUCCGCUGUGUCUCCACAAACGAGUGCAUCGCAGCCAGCUACCACUGUGACAAGGAGAGCGACUGUUCUGACCGCAGCGAUGAGAUUGGCUGCAUGCCUCCCCAGGUGGUGACCCCUCCUCAGGAGUUGAUCCAGGCUUCCCGGGGCCAGACAGUGACCUUCACUUGUGUGGCCAUCGGUGUCCCCACCCCCAUCAUCAACUGGCGACUCAACUGGGGCCACAUCCCGUCUCAUCCUAGGGUGACAGUGACCAGUGAGGGAGGCCGAGGCACGCUGAUCAUUCGAGACGUGAAGGAGGCAGAUCAGGGCGCCUACACCUGUGAGGCCAUGAAUGCCCAAGGCAUGGUGUUCGGCAUUCCUGACGGCGUCCUGGAGCUCAUUCCCCAGCGAGGGCCCUGCGCUGAUGGGCACUUCUACCUGGAGCACAGCGCCUCCUGCCUGCCCUGCUUCUGCUUUGGGGUUACCAACGUGUGCCAGAGCAGCCGCCGCUUCCGAGACCAGAUCCGGCUGCGCUUUGACCAGCCUGGUGACUUCAAAGGCGUGAAGGUGCUGAUGCCCUCGCAGCCCAGCAUGCCACCCCUCUCCUCCACUCAGCUGCAGAUCGACACUGCUCUGCAGGAGUUCCAGCUGGUGGACCUGUCCCGGCGCUUCCUGGUUCACGACUCUUUCUGGGCUCUGCCCGAGCAGUUCCUGGGCAACAAGGUGGACUCCUACGGGGGCUCGCUGCGCUACAAGAUACGCUACGAGCUGGCACGAGGCACGCUGGAGCCCGUGCAGCGGCCGGAUGUGGUCCUUGUGGGUGCCGGAUACCGCCUACUCUCUCGAGGCCACACGCCCACCCAGCCUGGCACUCUGAACCAGCGCCAAGUCCAGCUCUCUGAGGAGCACUGGGUCCAUGAGUCUGGCCAGCCGGUGCAGCGGGCGGAGAUGAUGCAGGUGCUGCAGAGCCUGGAGGCUGUGCUCAUCCAGACGGUGUACAACGACAAGAUGGCCAGCGUGGGGCUGAGCGACAUCGCCAUGGAUACCACUGUCACCUACGCCACCAGCCACGGCCGUGCCCACAGCGUGGAGGAGUGCAGGUGCCCUGUCGGCUAUUCCGGCUUAUCCUGCGAGAGCUGCGAUGCCCACUUUACCCGGGUGCCUGGAGGGCCCUACCUGGGCACCUGCUCCGGCUGCAACUGCAAUGGCCACGCCACCUAUUGCGACCCUGUGUAUGGCCACUGUCUGAAUUGCCAGCACAACACCGAGGGGCCACAGUGCAACAAGUGCAAGGCCGGCUUCUUUGGGGAUGCCACCAAGGGCACGGCUACGGCCUGCCGGCCCUGCCCUUGCCCGUACAUUGAUGCUUCCCGCAGGUUCUCAGAUACCUGCUUCCUGGACACAGAUGGCCAGGCCACGUGUGACGCAUGCGCCCCAGGCUACACAGGGCGCCGCUGUGAGAGCUGUGCCCCUGGAUAUAAGGGCAACCCCAUCCAGCCAGGCGGGAAGUGCAAGCCCACCGGCCAGGAGAUCGUCCGCUGUGAUGAGCGAGGCACCUUGGAGACCUCGGGGGAAGCCUGCCGCUGUAAGAACAACGUGGUGGGGCGUCUCUGCAAUGAGUGUAUCACCGGCUCUUUCCACCUGAGCGCCCGCAACCCCGAGGGCUGCCUCAAGUGCUUCUGCAUGGGCGUCAGUCGCCAGUGCACCAGCUCCUCCUGGACCCGCGCCCAGGUGCACGGGUCCUCCGAGGCCCCCAGCCAGUUCAGCCUGACCAAUGCUGCGGGCACCCACACCACCAGCAUGGGCAUCUCAUCCCCCUCGCCCGGGGAACUGGUCUUCUCCUCCUUCCACAGUCUCCUCUCUGGACCCCACUUCUGGAACCUCCCUUCGUGUUUCCGGGGGGACAAGGUGACCUCCUACGGAGGAGAGCUGCGCUUCACAGUGACCCAGCAGCCCCAGCCCGGCUCGCUGCCCCUGCACAGGCAGCCCUUGGUGGUCCUGCAAGGCAAUGGCAUCGUCUUGGAGCAUCACUCCUCCCGGGAGCCUAGCCCCGGCCAGCCCACCACCUUCACCGUGCCCUUCCGGGAGCAAGCAUGGCAGCGGCCUGAUGGGCAGCCGGCCACACGGGAGCAUCUGCUGAUGGCACUGGCGGGCAUUGAUUCGCUCCUGAUCCAGGCAUCCUACAGCCAGCAGCCAGCUGAGAGCAGGAUCUCGGGCAUCAGCAUGGACGUGGCUGUGCCUGAGGACACUGGCCAGGACACCGCGCUGGAGGUGGAGCAGUGCACCUGCCCCACCGGGUACCGGGGCCCAUCCUGCCAGGACUGUGACACCGGCUACACACGCACGCCCAGCGGGCUCUACCUGGGCACCUGUGAACGCUGCAGCUGCCAUGGCCACACGGAGGUCUGUGAGCCCGAAACAGGCGACUGCCAGGGAUGCCAGCACCACACAGAGGGUCCUCGGUGUGAGCAGUGCCAGCCGGGAUACUACGGGGACGCCCAACAAGGGACACCACACGACUGCCAGCCAUGCCCAUGCCAUGGACCCCCCUCUGCUAGCCAGGCCACCCACACUUGCUUUCUGGACACAGACGGCCACCCUACCUGUGAUGCUUGCUCCCCCGGCCACAGCGGGCGUCACUGUGAGAGGUGUGCCCCAGGUUUCUAUGGCAAUCCCAGCCAGGGCCAGCCGUGCCGAAGAGACGGCCAAACGCCAGAGCCCAUUGGCUGUGCCUGUGACCCCCAGGGCAGCAUCAGCAGCCAGUGUGACGCCGCUGGCCAGUGCCAGUGCAAGGCCCGAGUGCAAGGCCCCACCUGCAACCAUUGUCAGCCCCACUACUUCCACCUGAGUGCCAGCAACCCCGACGGCUGCCUGCCCUGCUUCUGCAUGGGCAUCAGCCAGCAGUGCGCCAGCUCAUCCUACACCCGUCACCUGAUCUCCACCCACUUCGCCCCUGGGGACUCCCAAGGCUUUGCCCUGGUGAAUCCGCAGCGGAACAGCCGCCUGACAGGAGGCUUCACCGUGGAACCCGUGCCCGAGGGUGCCCAACUCUCUUUUGGCAACUUCGACCAACUUGGUCACGAAUCCUUCUACUGGCAGCUGCCAGAGGCAUACCAGGGAGACAAGGUGGCAGCUUAUGGCGGGAAGCUGCGGUACACCCUCUCCUACACAGCCGGGGCGCAGGGCAGCUCACUCUCGGACCCUGACAUCCAGAUCAUGGGCAACAACAUCAUGCUGGUGGCCUUCCAGCCAGCACUGCAGGGCUCCGAGAGGAAAAGCUAUGAGAUUGUUUUCCAAGAGGAAUUCUGGCGCCGGCCUGACGGGCAGCCAGCUACACGCGAGCACCUCCUGAUGGCGCUGGCUGACUUGGACGAGCUCCUGAUCCGGGCCACGUUCUCCUCGGUGCCCCUGGCGGCCAGUAUCAGCGGGGUCAGCCUGGAGGUCGCCCAGCCCGGACCCUCGAGGGGACCCCCGGCCCUGGAGGUGGAGGAAUGCCGCUGCCCCCCAGGCUACGUGGGCUUGUCCUGCCAGGACUGCGCCCCGGGCUACACACGCACUGGGAGUGGGCUCUACCUCGGCCAUUGUGAACUGUGCGAAUGCAACGGCCACUCGGACCUGUGCCACCCAGAGACUGGGGCCUGCUCGCAAUGCCAGCACAAUGCCAUUGGGGAGUUCUGCGAGCUGUGUGCCCCUGGCUACUAUGGAGACGCCACGGCUGGAACGCCUGAGGACUGCCAGCCCUGCGCCUGCCCGCUGACCAACCCGGAGAACAUGUUCUCCCGUACCUGUGAGAGCCAGGGAGCCGGCGGGUACCGCUGCACAGCCUGCGAGCCUGGCUACACCGGCCAGUACUGUGAGCAGUGCGCCCCAGGUUACGUGGGGAACCCCAAUGUGCGAGGGGGCCGAUGCCUGCCGCAGGACCAAGCCCAGCUGGUGGUCCAGGUGCAACCGCCUCGGAGCAUAGUACCCCAAGGUGGCCCCCACUCGCUGAGGUGCCAAGUCAGCGGGAGCCCACCCCACUACUUCUACUGGUCUCGCGAGGAUGGGCGGCCCCUGCCCAGUAGCACGCAGCAGCGACAUCAAGGCUCCGAGCUCCACUUCCCCAGCGUCCAGCCCUCCGAUUCCGGGGUCUACAUUUGCACCUGUCGUAACCACCAUCACGCCAAUACCAGCCGCGGAGAACUGCUGGUCACCGAGGCUCCCAGUAAGCCCAUCACGGUGACGGUGGAGGAGCAGCGGAGUCAGAGCGUGCGUCCCGGAGCCGAUGUCACCUUCAUCUGCACGGCCAAGAGCAAGUCUCCGGCUUACACCCUGGUGUGGACCCGCCUGCACAACGGGAAGCUGCCAGACCGAGCCAUGGAUUUCAACGGCAUCCUGACCAUUCGCAACGUCCAGCCAAGCGACGCGGGCACCUACGUCUGCACCGGCUCCAACAUGUUUGCCAUGGACCAGGGCACAGCCACACUGCAUGUGCAAGCCUCGGGCACCCCCUCGGCCCCCAUGGUGUCUAUCCACCCACCACAGCUCACAGUGCAGCCCGGGCAGAUGGCCGAGUUCCGCUGCAGCGCCACAGGGCACCCCACGCCCACCCUUGAGUGGACAGGGGGUCCUGGUGGCCAGCUGCCUCAGAAGGCGCAAGUCCACGGCGGUAUCCUGCGCCUGCCAGCCGUGGAGCCCUCGGACCAAGCCCAGUACCUGUGCUAUGCCCGCAGCAGCGCCGGGCAGCAUGUGGCCAGGGCCGUGCUCCACGUGCAUGGGGGCAACGGGCCCAGGGUCCAGGUGAGUCCAGAGAGGACCCAAGUGCACGAAGGCCGCACGGUCAGGCUGUACUGCAGGGCUGCGGGUGUGCCCAGUGCCACCAUCACCUGGCGGAAGGAAGGGGGCAGCCUCCCCACUCAGGCCCGGUCUGAGCACACGGACAUCGCCACGCUGCUCAUCCCCGCCAUCACGGCCGCUGAUGCCGGCUUCUACCUCUGCGUGGCCACCAGCCCCGCCGGCACCGCGCAGGCCCGGAUCCAAGUGGUCGUCCUUCCAGGUGCCAGCCCCCUGCCAGUCAGGAUUGAGUCCUCCUCAUCUUCUGUGACUGAAGGCCAGACACUAGACCUCAACUGCGUGGUGACAGGGCUACCCCACGCCCAGGUCAUGUGGUACAAGCGAGGGGGCGGCCUGCCUCCCCACACCCAGGUGCACGGCUCCCGACUCCGGCUCCCCCAGGUUUCCUCAGCGGAUUCUGGAGAAUACGUGUGCCGAGUGGAGAACGGGUCAGAUGCCAAGGAGGCCUCCAUCACCAUCUCUGUCCUCCACGGCACCCAUUCGGGCCCCGGCCAUCCCACAGGUCCUGCUGGGUCCCCAGCUCGGGGCAGUACCCAGCCCAUCCGCAUCGAGUCCUCCUCCUCCCACGUGGCUGAAGGGCAGACCUUGGACCUGAACUGCUUGGUGCCCGGGCAGGCCCAUGCCCAGGUCACAUGGCAUAAGCGUGGGGGCAGCCUCCCUGCCCGGCACCAGACCCACGGCUCACUGCUGAGACUACACCAGCUGUCCCCAGCUGACUCGGGCGAGUAUGUGUGCCGUGUGGUGGUGGGCUCGGUGCCCCUGGAGGCCUCUGUCCGGGUCACCAUUGAGCCUGUGAACCCUGUGCCUGCGCUCGGAGUCACCCUCCCCAUCCGGAUUGAGUCCUCCUCCUCACACGUGGCAGAAGGGCAGAACCUGGACCUGAACUGCCUGGUCACUGGGCAGGCCCACGCCCAGAUCACAUGGCACAAAAGAGGGGGCAGCCUUCCUGCCCGGCACCAGGUACACGGGUCCAGGCUGUUGCUGCCCCAGGUGACUCCAGCGGACUCUGGAGAAUACAUCUGCCGUGUGACCAGCAGCUCGGGCCCCCAGGAAGCCUCGGUCCUCGUCACCAUCCAGCAGCGCCUUAGUCCCUCCCACCCCCAGAGCGUGGUGUACCCCGUCCGCAUCGAGUCCUCCUCGUCCUCCCUGGCCAACGGACAUACCCUGGACCUCAACUGCCUGGUGGCCAGCCAAGCCCCGCACACCAUCACCUGGUACAAGCGUGGAGGCAGCCUACCCAGGCGGCACCAGAUCGUGGGCUCCCGGCUACGGAUCCCCGAGGUGACGCCAGCCGACUCAGGCGAGUAUGUGUGUCACGUCAGUAACGGCGCCAGCUCCCAGGAGACCUCUCUGAUCAUCACCAUCCAGGGCGGCAGCUCCUCCCACGUGCCCAGUGUCUCCCCACCCAUCAGGAUCGAGUCCUCAUCCCCCACCGUGGUUGAAGGGCAGACCUUGGAUCUGACCUGCGUGGUGGCUGGGCAGCCCCAGGCCAUCAUCACGUGGUACAAGCGUGGGGGCACCCUCCCUGCCCGACACCAGGCCCACGGCUCCCACCUGCGGCUGAAUCAGCUGACCGUGGCCGACUCGGGCGAGUACGUGUGCCGGGCCAACAACAACAUUGACGCCCGGGAGGCUUCCAUCACCGUCUCCGUCUCCCCCAGCGCUGGCAACCCCUCCGCCGCUGCGGGUGCUGUGCCCAUCAGAAUUGAGUCAUCAUCUUCGCACGUGGCCGAAGGGCAGACCCUGGAUCUGAACUGUGUGGUCCCCGGACAGGCCCACGCCCAGGUCACGUGGCACAAGCGUGGCGGCAGCCUCCCCACUCACCACCAGGCCCACGGCUCGCGGCUGCGGCUGUACCAGCUGUCCCCCGCUGACUCGGGCGAGUACAUCUGCCGUGUGGUGAGCAGCUCUGGCUCCCUGGAGGCCUCGAUCCUGGUCACCGUUGAGGGCUCUGGCUCUAGUACCGUUCCUGGCUCUGCUCCAGGCAGAGUCCCACCCAUUCGAAUCGAAACCUCCUCCUCCCACGUGGCUGAAGGGCAGACCCUGGAUCUGAAAUGUGUGGUGCCCGGGCAUCCCCACGCCCAGGUCACAUGGCACAGGCGAGGGAACAGCCUUCCCGCCGGGCACCAGGUCCACGGCCCCCUGCUGAGGCUGAACCAGGUGUCCCCUGCUGACUCUGGCGAGUACUCCUGUCAAGUGACCAGCGGCUCGGACACCCUGCGAACUUCCGUCCAGGUCACCAUCCAGGCCUCCAGCCCAGCCCCCAUUCCUGCCCCAGGACUGGCCCAGCCCAUCUACAUCGAGGCCUCCUCCUCCAACGUGGCUGAAGGAGAGACCCUGGACCUGAACUGUGUGGUUCCCGGGCAGGCCCACGCCCAGGUCACAUGGUUCAAGCGUGGGGGCAGCCUGCCCGCCCGGCACCAGACCCAUGGCUCCCGGCUCCGGCUUCACGACAUCUCCGCAGCCGAUUCCGGCGAGUACGUCUGCCACAUCGUUGGCGGUGCGGGCCCUGAACAGGAGGCCUCCUUCACCGUCACCGUCCAGCCCAAAACGGCGGGCUCCUCCUUCCGCUAUAAUAGUCCUGUCAUCUCCAUCGACCCGCCCAGCAGCACCGUGCAGCAGGGCCAGGAUGCCAGCUUCAAGUGCCUCAUUCACGAGGGGGCAACCCCCAUCCGCAUUGAGUGGAAGUUCCGUAACCAGGAGCUGGAGGACAACGUCCAUAUCAGCCCCAACGGCUCCAUCAUCACCAUUGUGGGCACCCGGCCCAGCAACCAUGGUGCCUACCGCUGCGUGGCUACCAAUGGCUAUGGCGUGGCCCAGAGCGUCGUGAACCUCAGUGUGCAUGGGCCGCCCACGGUGUCUGUGCUGCCCGAGGGCCCCGUGCGGGUGAAGGUGGGAAAGGCCGUCACCCUGGAGUGCGUCAGUGCCGGGGAGCCCCGCUCUUCCGCUCGCUGGACGCGGGUCGGCGCCCCCACCCACGUGGAGCAGCGGAUGUUUGGGUUCGCGGACAGCCACACGAUGCUGCAGAUUUCAUCGGCUAAACCAUCCGAUGCGGGCACCUAUGUGUGCCAGGCUCAGAACGCACUGGGCACGGCACAGAAGCGGGUGGAGGUGAUUGUGGACACGGGCGACGUGACCCCCGGGGCCCCACAGGUCCAGGUUGAAGAGGUUGAGUUGACCGUGGAAGCUGGACACACGGCCACCCUGCGCUGCUCGGCCACAGGCAGCCCCACGCCCACCAUCCACUGGUCCAAGCUGCGCUCCCCGCUGCCCUGGCAGCACAGGCUGGAAGGCGACACGCUGGUCAUUCCCCGGGUAGCCCAGCAGGACUCGGGCCAGUACAUCUGCAACGCCAGCAGCCCCGCCGGCCACGCCGAGGCCACCAUCCUCCUGCACGUGGAGAGCCCUCCGUACGCCACCACGGUCCCGGAGCACACUUCGGUGCAAGCCGGGGAGGCGCUGCAGCUGCAGUGCCUGGCUCACGGGACGCCCCCGCUCACCUUCCAGUGGAGCCGCGUGGGUGGUACCCUCCCUGGGAGGGUGACAGUCAGGAACGAGCUGCUUCACUUUGAGUCUGUGGCCCCCGAGGACUCCGGCCGCUACCGCUGUCAGGUCACCAACAAGGUGGGCUCGGCGGAGGCCUUCACCGUGGUACUCGUCCAAGGCACCUCCGGCUCUCUCCCUGCGAUCCCCAGCCCAGAAGGAGCCACACCCACCGUUCAGGUCACGCCUCAGCUGGAGACCAAGAGCCUCGGGGCCAGUGUGGAGUUCCAUUGCGCCGUGCCUAACGACCAAGACACCCAGCUCCGCUGGAUCAAGCAAGGGGGUCAGCUGCCUCCUGGCCACAGUGUGCAGGAUGGGGUGCUCCGAAUCCAUAACUUGGACCAGAGCUGCCAAGGGACAUAUGUUUGCCAGGCUUAUGGACCAUGGGGACAGGCCCAGGCCAGCGCCCAGCUAGUUGUCCAAGCCCUGCCCUCGGUGCUCAUCAACAUCCGGACUUCCGUGCACUCCGUGGUGGUCGGCCACGCUGUGGAGUUUGAGUGCCUGGCCAUGGGUGACCCCAAGCCUCAGGUGACAUGGAGCAAAGUUGGAGGACGCCUGCGGCCUGGCAUCAUGCAGAGCGGAGGCGUCGUCAGGAUUGCCCACGUCGAGCUGGCCGAUGCUGGGCAGUACCGCUGCACGGCGACCAACGCCGCCGGCACCACCCAGUCCCACGUGCUUCUGCUUGUGCAAGCCUUGCCCCAGAUCUCAACACCCCCGGAGGUCCGUGUGCCUGCUGGUUCUGCAGCCGCCUUCCCCUGCAUGGCCUCUGGCUACCCUACUCCCGACAUCAAAUGGAGCAAGCUGGAUGGGAACCUGCCGCCUGGCAGCCGCGUGGAGAACAACAUGCUGCUGCUGCCCUCAGUUCGACCCCAGGACGCGGGCACCUACGUCUGCACUGCCACUAACCGCCAGGGCAAGGUCAAAGCCUUCGCUGACCUGCAGGUGCCAGAGCGGGUGGUGCCCUACUUCACGCAGACCCCCCACUCCUUCCUGCCACUGCCCACCAUCAAGGAUGCCUACAGAAAGUUUGAGAUCAAGAUCACCUUCCGGCCUGACUCAGCUGAUGGAAUGCUGCUGUACAACGGGCAGAAACGGAUCCCCGGCAGCCGCACCAACCUGGCCAACAGGCUGCCCGACUUUAUCUCCUUCGGCCUCGUGGGCGGGAGGCCCGAGUUCCGGUUUGACGCAGGCUCAGGCAUGGCCACCAUCCGCCACCCAACACCGCUGGUGCUGGGCCAGUUCCAUACGGUGACCCUGCUGCGCAGCCUCACCCAGGGCUCCCUGAUUGUGGGCAGCCUGGCCCCAGUCAACGGGACCUCCCAGGGCAAGUUCCAAGGCCUGGACCUGAAUGAGGAGCUCUACCUGGGCGGCUACCCUGACUACGGCGCCAUCCCCAAAGCGGGGCUGAGCAGCGGCUUCAUAGGCUGUGUCCGGGAGCUACAAAUCCAGGGUGAGGAGAUCGUCUUCCACGACUUCAACCUCACAGCACACGGCAUCUCCCACUGCCCCACCUGCCGGGACCAGCCGUGCCAGAACGGGGGCUGGUGCCAGGACUCGGAGAGCAGCAGCUACCUGUGCAUCUGCCCGGCUGGCUUCACCGGGAGCCGCUGUGAGCACUCCCAGGCCCUGCACUGCCACCCAGAGGCCUGUGGGCCCGAUGCCACCUGUGUAAACCGGCCCGAUGGCCGAGGCUACACCUGCCGCUGUCACCUGGGCCGCUCGGGGCCCAGGUGUGAGGAAGGUGUGACCGUGACCACGCCCUCCAUGUCCGGCAUCGGCUCCUACCUGGCGCUGCCCGCCCUCACCAACACGCACCACGAGCUGCGCCUGGACAUCGAGUUCAAGCCGCUGGCGCCCAACGGGAUCCUGCUGUUCAGCGGGGGCAGGCGCGAGCCCGUGGAGGACUUCGUGUCGCUGGCCAUGGCCGGCGGCCACCUGGAGUUCCGCUACGAGCUGGGCUCAGGGCUGGCUGUGCUGAGGAGCGCAGAGCCACUGGCCCUGGGCCGCUGGCACCGCGUGUCCGCCGAGCGCCUCAACAAGGACGGCAGCCUGCGGGUGGACGGCGGGCGCCCCGUGCAGCGCUCCUCCCCGGGCAAGAGCCAAGGCCUCAACCUGCACACCCUCCUCUACCUCGGCGGAGUGGAGCCCUCGGUGAAGCUGUCCCCGGCCACCAACAUGAGCACUCCCUUCCACGGCUGCCUGGGCGAGGUGUCAGUGAAUGGGAAGCGGCUGGACCUCACCUACAGCUUCCUGGGCAGCCGGGGCGUCGGGCAGUGCUACGACAGCUCCCCGUGUGAGCGCCAGCCCUGCCUGAACGGCGCCACGUGCUUCCCCGCUGGCGAGUUUGAGUUUCAGUGUCUGUGUCGCGACGGCUUCAAAGAUGCUCCGGGGCAGUAUGGAGCCUAUUUCGACGAUGGUGGCUUCCUAGUCCUUCCCAGCUAUGUCUUCCCCAGGAGCCUGCCCAGGGUGCCUGAGACCAUCCAGCUGGAAGUUCGGACCAGCACAGCCAGCGGCCUGCUGCUCUGGCAGGGCAUGGAGGCGGGGGACGCCAGCCACGGGAAGGACUUCCUCAGUCUCGGCCUUCAGGACGGGCACCUUGUCUUCAGCUACCAGCUGGGCAGCGGGGAGGCCCGCCUUGUCUCUGAGGACCCCGUCAACGACGGCGAGUGGCAUCGGGUGACGGCCCUGCGAGAGGGCAGAAGGGGCUCCAUCCAGGUGGACGGCGAGGAGCUGGUCAGCGGCCAGUCCCCGGGCCCGAACGUGGCCGUCAACACCAAGAGCAGCAUCUACGUCGGCGGAGCCCCCGACGUGGCCACCCUGACCGGGGGCAGGUUCUCCUCGGGCAUCACGGGCUGUCUCAGGAACCUGGUGCUGCACUCGGCCGGGCCGGGCGCCCCGCCCCCACAGCCCCUGGACCUGCAGCACAGCACCCAGGAGGGGGCCGGCACGCGGCCCUGCCCCUCGUAG